AUGGAAGCCCCAUCUUCACCUUCAUCUACCAUCACUGCCCCACCUGACUAUCAUGAAACUGCUUGGAGGUUAGCUAAAUUGAUUGCAGAGGCUAUGACCUGUCACUUUGCCCUCCUACACUAUGACAGCACCUCAAAAUCCAUGGUUGAAUGGUGGUGGCCUAUUGACGGUGAUGGAAAGAAGAUUUUGCCAUUCAACCUAGAGAUCCACCGCAAAGAAUAUGAAUUGAAAUACCCAUGCUGUCUAUGUGCCAAUGGUAGUGGCAGGAGUGCAUACAUAGAGUUUACAACUCAGUGUGGUGCUAUAGGCUCCAAACCAAUAUCUUUAUGUUUGCGUUCGACCCAAAAGGGGAAGCUAGUGCAGCAAAGGUCAAGCAAUGAGCGCCAAAGGUGCUGCUUAGCAGCUGAUGCGAAGCGUGGGAAAGCGGCAGGUGCACGCGUGGGAAUGAAGCGGUGGCUGAUAGCCGAAGGCAUGGGAAAGUGUGGCUGCAGCGCAGAUGGUUCGGAUGAUGUAAAGCGAAAUGGUAAUGGACACGGUGUGGAUGGUAAAUGGAUAUGGAUUGCCAAUAGCUACUCACUAAUAAUGUACCAUUGGGUUGGUUGGAUAUGGACAGAUGGUGCGAAACAUCGGCUGAUGAAGCGUGAGAAAGCACGGCUGUGCAUGGGCGCAGGAAUGCUGCGGCCAUCGUGGGAAAGUAGCGGCCGAUUAUCCUCGAAGAGUACUGGGUCUGAAAUUAUGAAUGAUGAAGAACAGCGAGUCUUGCCUAUUCAGCUAGAGUGGACCUACAAGGAACGAAGUGAAUUACUGAACAGACUUGAUUCCUGUGUGGGAAAUGGUAUUACCAGCAGGGAUUUCCAAAUUCUGUUUAGCCAAUGCAAAAAAUGCAAGCGAGUCAGAGUGAGCACUCAGAGGCCUCAGCCUGUAAAUUCAAUGUUCAAUAUUUUCAAUGCCCGACGGACAAUUAACAAGGCCAUUGGAUAUGCAGUGGUUGUGAAUGGCCAUCAGAAAUGGCCAUUCCUUUUACAUAAUAUCCGGCACAACAUUGUUCAAUUUUCGAACGUCCUAGGCCAUGAAUUCUUAGAUGCCUACAUAGGACUCAUAGCAAAUCAGAAGCUUCAGACUGAAGUAUAUGUUCUGUCAUUCUUGCUCAAAAAUCGAUUUUAUCCCGGCGAUCUGUGGGAACUGGUUGGGGAGCGCAGCAUAGAGGCGAAAGAAGAGGAAACAUUGCACGCAGCUGUAGAACAUGUUCUCUUAGAAGAGAGGAGGAAACAAUGUCAGAUAGAGGUGUCUUUGUACACCCAGGCUAUUGAAGUCUUGGAGCAACAUUGGUUGUCAUCUUUGAUGGAAACAUUAUUGCCUCUACAUAUCCCUCUCUCUUUGGUACACGGUAAUUCCACCUUGCAGGAAGAAAGACUGACGUCUGUCUGUUUGAAUUGUAUUGGCUCCUUAUUGCUCCUGUCGAGUACAUGGGUCACUGCCGAUGUUCAAAAAUCCUUUUAUAAGUUAUUCAAGCAGGAACUGACCAUACAGGGGGAGUUAAUGGUGACAUCCCUGGCUACCAGACAUAGCAAUGCCUACCUGUGUAACCUUGAGUUGGAUUUACUCAUCUUGCAGGCCAAGAGACGCUGCGCCCAUGCAGAGAUAGCGCUAUAUACAAUGGCCAUCAGUAAUCUUUAUGGACACAACCUCUGCGAUAUUAGUUCGUCGACAUCUUCGGAUUCAAAUAUUGUCCGACCUCUGUGUAAUGAAGUGCACUACCACAACGAGGAUAUCAACAGCAGCACAGAGGAGAGCUGUGAAGACUAUGAAGAUUACAAAGACUACAAAGAUAACAAAGACCACGUAAAGCUUGACAUUCAGUGA